AUGCUACCAUACUUUUCCAACAAAUGGGAACUAAGAGGAAACGCCACAGGCUCGGACCUGGGAAACGGCUGUUUUCAAUUCAGAUUCGACUAUGUGGAAGACCUAAAGAAAUUAUCUCGCCAUCUUUUCCGUCAACAAUCCCCUUCUGGAUCUCCCUCCGGGGCUUACCACUCCACUAUUGGAAGAGAACUUCUCUACAGUAUAGGCGAUGCAGUAGGCUACCUCAAGUCUUACGAAAUCACCUCCACAGCCGCGAAAAUCAGGGUUGAAGUUAACGGCCUCGAACCAAUAACAAAAGAAGCCAUCGUUGAGUUCGAAGGAGGAAAAGAAGCUCUCGUCACACUGGAAUACCACAAGCUAAAUAAGCACUGCCUAUACUGCCACAAGCUCACCCACGAGGAGGAAGACUGCCCGACAAACCCCCAAGCUCGCCGUUUACACCAAACAACCAGAUCUGACCCAAACACUAUACCAAACCACCUCAAACUUCCUUUCUUUACCAACCAAGACAAUAACCACAUCUCCCGCUCAAGACCUAACUACAACAACAUCUCUAGAGACAGACUCUCCCCUGUAAAACCCUCUCGGACUCAUACCCCACCGAGGUCACAUAUUUUCAGAGACCCUCGCAAAUCACCAACCCACAACAGCCACCGCAUCCCAAAUACAUCUCCUCCUUACCGAAGAGAACGACGAGGAGACUAUAGAAACAGAGGAGACGGAGAAGGAAGAGCUCGUGCGAACCAGAAACAACGGAGGACAACUUUGCAAUGCACCAACGCACUCAAACCCCCGUUGGACGCAACCUGGACCAAGAUGACUUCCCCACACCACCACCCACCUAGAUACCAAACAGAGGAGGAGAUCCGCCAAGACCUCCGAGAAGUGGAUAUCCGAUAUAUUAACUGUGGGAACCCUUCAGAGAGUGCAACUCGGAGGCAGAGAGUCCUUGAAACGGAGGCCAAUGGGCUAACAGACGCAACAGUGGACCGCCUGUUCAAUGAUCCUUCCAAGCUAAUCCCUAGAGCGUCUGAACGUCCAGAGAAUCUUCUACCCAUUCCCCAAGCCUCAUUACCGCCUAGACCACAAAACCCAACUGCUGAAACCACUAUCACCAACACAGUGGGAGAAUCAGAAAGAGACCUCGUUCUGGGCCAAACAAAGAAGAGAAGAGGGAGACCGCCUUCAAAAACCUCCGCUACAGCGCCUCAAAAGAACCUAACGGCAGGCACAAGCAAGCAAAAAACAAAGAAUCAGCUUAAAUCUCCUCUACUAAGGAUGUCUCCUUUAUCAAGAGUUAUACAUAACAGAGGUACCUCAACCCCUCAAUCCCAAAGCCAAAGGAGAAACAACAACGAUUCAAGACAGCAAACAGGAAGCUUACCACCACGCACACGAGCAAUCCCAACGAGACUUCAGGAUGGAGCGGAUUUUCACAAUCCGUCAAAUCCUCUUCCUUAG